AUGAUGCACUCAACAUUCAAUAUCAAAAACAGAGUUAAGACUGACCCAAAUCAGAAUUACAUAAUCAAUUCCCUCUAUGAUUCUCUUAUUUCAAAUGUAAAUCUUUAAAUCUUAAUCCUAGAAUAUCAAUACAGAUAUUGCGUAAACAUUCAACACUCUUCAUUAAAUCUAUCAUAAUUCUCAAAUUAAUGUUAAAUAUUCGCAUAUUAAAAUUGCAUUAGCCACUUAAUCAAUCUUUAACUUAACAUUAAAGUUUACAUCAACAAAAAUACUUUACCAUAAAUUAAUUUUAUUUCAAAACCUAUCAAAUUACCAAAGAAUACCUAGGGUCAAUAAAUAUGAAUUUAUAAACAAUAGGCAGUUAUAAUUAUUUCAAGGACUUAAUAAAUUAAAAUUAUAUACUGUUUUAAUUUAAAAAAAAUAAUUACUUAAUCUAAGUCAUCAUUUAUUAAUUAAAAAGAAAAUCAAUAAUUUAUUUAAUAGAAUUGCUAAACAAAUUUAUUAAAAUAAACUUAUCGCUAUAUUCCAACUCUUCUAUUACUCUAAAAAAGAAAAAAGUCUCUUAGAAAACUUGAACUACUAUUAUAGCAAUAAAUCAAUAAAAGAUUAAGAAAGAAUGUCUAUCAAAUUUGCAAGCACGACAUUAUUUAUACAAUCAAUUAAUAAUAAAAAGUUAUAAUAUCAAUCUGUUUUUUUUAUUAAAUUAUGUGAACCAGCAAAAUUAUAACAAUCAAUCAUUUCAAGUUCUUUAGAAGAUAUCUCAAUUAAUUAUGAUAAUUCAAGAACAGAAGAACUUGAAAUUGCAGAAAAAAAAUUAAAUGCAAUUUGUAUUUUUAAUUAAGUAAUAAAGAAGGUGGUAAAAAAAUCCUUUUUAUCAUUAAAAUUACAUAAUUUAAACAAUUUUAAUAGAGGCUAAAGUAAUAAUUCAUCGAUUUUAAAUUCUCAAUCUGGAAUAUUAAGAAAACUAAUAAGAUCUGGUGAAAGCAUAUUAGAAUUGUAUUAAUCAACAAAUAAUACUGAAUAAAGUAAAAAAGAUUAAGAACAAGAUGAGAUCAUAUUAAAAAGGAAAUAAAUGAUGUGUUAAACUCAUCAUCCUGAGCCAAUAAUAAAAUAAAGAAUUUCAAUAUGUAAAAAUUAAAUAUUUAUUAUAUUAGUUGUUUAAACAUCACAAAAAAUUGAGAAAACAAAAAGAGAAUCAUAAAAAUUCUAGACAGUAAUAAUAUCAAAAAAGAAAUCGAAAUUUUUAUUGUUUCUUCUAAUUAGUAUUAUAUUUGGAAUUUUUUUGAUUUUGAGAAUUGUUUAAUGA